UUUUCCGGCUUCUAAUAAGAUUGCUCCUUUCUGUUAAAUAUAAUUUUCGUCUUACUUCCGUACGAGUUACGACAGCCGCGGCAUCGUCGCCGGCCGUGCCAUUGUCCAAUCAUGAGUGCUCCCGCCUUUUUUAUAAUCUCUCGGUGUCCGCCAGCAACAGAUUUUCCAGCUUCCAUUCAUUUUGUUUCUUCCCUUUAACUGAUUUGACCUUCCAGCCGUCGCUCUCUCCGGUCUCCGUCGUCCAUGGCGGCAGCCGGAGCCUGUCUCUUCCCGUCCGGCUUGUCUCCGGCUCUCCGUCGCCGGGGCGGAGCUCCUGCCGCCGCAAGCUCCAGCCAGAAUCCGAUACUCAGGUCAUCGUUGACUAGCAGAUGCGCCGUUUCGGAGGAGCAAGCAUCCUCCGCUUCGCCUGGAACUACCAUUCCUCCGUCGAGACCGGUUAGCUUCGGAGAAUAUGGGAGGCGCUACGAGAAGGGUGCGAGCGACCGGAGCUCGUCGACGCCGUUCAUGGAUGACGUGGAGUUGGAGAGCGGACGCGAGAGGUUGAGGAGGUUCUUCGAUCAGGCCAAGGAUCUGACCAGGUCGGACGGCGGACCGCCUCGCUGGUUCUCUCCCCUGGAGUGCGGCUCUCGCUUGGAGAAGUCGCCCCUGCUUCUCUAUUUACCCGGAAUCGAUGGCACUGGAGCUGGGCUUACUUCACAUCACAAGAAGCUCGGAAAGGUGUUUGACAUUUGGUGCUUGCACAUCCCAGUCAUGGAUAGAACGUCAUUUCCAGACCUGGUGAAAAUGGUUGAGAGAACAGUAAAAUCAGAGAACUGCCGCUCCCCAAAUAGACCUAUAUAUCUUGUUGGAGAAUCACUGGGAGGAUGCCUUGCAUUAGCUGUCGCAGCACGCAACUCUGACAUUGAUCUUCUAUUGAUCUUGGCCAACCCAGCGACGUCUUUUGACAAGUCGCAAAUACAAGCUCUAUUACCAUUCCUGGAGUUAAUGCCAGAACAAUUGCAUCUAAGCUAUCCUUUCAUCCUGAGUUUGAUGGCAGGUGAUCCUUCGAGGACGUUCAAGGCCAGCACAGAAAAAGGGCUUACUCCACAGCAAACAGCUGGAGAGCUAUCAAAGAACAUAUUGACCAUGUCAUCUUACAUCUCUGUUCUUGCUGAUAUUCUCCCUAAGGAAACACUUUUGUGGAAGCUUCAGAUGCUUAAAUCGGCUUCGGCAUAUCCAAAUUUACGCAUUCAUGCUGUCAAGGCACAGACUCUACUUCUUACAAGUGGGAAGGAUUGGCUAUUGCCAAGUCAAGCAGAAGGUGCUAGACUAAACGAGGCACUCCAGAGAAGCUCUAUUCGUAAGUUUGAUGCCUGCGGUCAUUUUCUUUUCUUGGAAGAUGGUAUUGAUUUGAUAACCAUAAUUAAGGGCGUUGGUUUCUACCGUUGUGGAAAAGGGCUCGACUAUGUUUCAGACUACCUGCCACCAACCCCUGCUGAAUAUAGGAAUGUAAAUGAAUCAAACAGAUGGUUUAAAGAGAUAACUGGACCAGUGAUGCUGUCGACUUUAGAGGAUGGGAGGAUAAUUAGAGGUCUGGAUGGGAUUCCAUCAAAGGGACCAGUUCUAUAUGUUGGUUAUCACAUGUUAUUGGGACUUGAACUGGUUCCUUUGGUUUCUGGAGUCCUAAACCAGAGGAACAUACAUUUACGAGGGAUAGCACAUCCUAUGCUCUUUGAGAAAUAUAGAAAAGGACAAACGCUUGACCCGCAGUUUUUUGACACUUUCCGGAUGAUGGGUGCGGUACCUGUUUCAGGGACCAAUUUGUUCAAGCUUUUUUCAUCAAAGUCCCAUAUCUUGCUCUAUCCAGGAGGCAUGCGUGAAGCGCUUCAUCGUAAGGGUGAAGAGUACAAGCUAUUUUGGCCAGAGCAGUCUGAGUUUGUCAGGAUGGCAGUUAAAUUUGGAGCCAAAAUAGUGCCUUUUGGUACCAUUGGAGAAGAUGACUUUGGUGAGGUCUUUUUUGAUUAUGACGACCAAAUGAAGAUCCCAUACUUCAAGAACUGGAUACAUCAACUGACGGAAGAUAAUGGAAAAGUCAGGUCCAAUGCAGCUGGAGAGGUAGCCAAUCAAGAUGUCCACCUUCCUUGGAUUCGGCCAAAAGUUCCUGGCCGAUUCUAUUUUUGUUUCGGAAAACCAAUAGAAACAGCAGGGAGGAAGCAGGAACUGAAAGACCGGGAAAAAUGUCAUGAACUGUAUCUACAAGUCAAGUCGGAGGUGGAGAGCUGCAUGGCGUACCUGAGAGAGAAAAGAGAGAGCGAUCCUUAUAGGAGCAUCUUCUCCCGUUGGAUGUACCGGGCCACACAUAAUUCUGCAUCUGAAAUUCCAACCUUUGAACCAUGACGGAAUACCAAAGGAGAUGGACCAUAUUGCUUUUGAAUUCACUCUAAAAUAGCAUAAGCCGCGGGCUUUUCAUUGUACAGUGUAAAGGAGGUCUUUGGCUCAGACUCAGCUGACUUCUGGACUUGCUGAGUCUGAAGAAUAAUUAUGGACGGAGCUUCUCCGCUUGGCUUUUCAAGCUCUUACUAAAUUUGUUCUUCAGUUUUCUUGCUUCCUUCUAAUUUAUGUGGUCUCUCAGGAGUAGAGAAGCUUUUGCCUUUCGGAACUGCUGGAUGUAAUAAUGGACACCCUUCUCUGUCGCCACAGAUGGUAUUGGGUGGUUUAUCUAGGAUUA